AUGGCACCGAAGUCUGGGAAGUCUGGGUCUAAGGGGCACUCAAAACGCUCGGAGGACAAGACUCUGAAGAGGAAACGAGAGGCAGAGGACCACGAACGAUUGAAGAAGGCCAUCGACGAACUGGACCCCAAGUCACCCGUCGCAAAUUUCGCCGACCUACCCCUCUGUGAAGCCACAGCCUCUGGCAUCAAAGCCUCGCACUUCGAAAUCCUCACCGAUGUCCAGGCCCGAGCCGUGCCUCUGGCCUUGAAAGGCCACGAUCUUCUCGCAGCCGCCAAGACCGGAAGCGGCAAGACGCUCGCCUUCCUCAUACCUGUCCUCGAAAAGCUCUACCACGCCCGCUGGACCCCCCGCGAUGGCCUCGGCGCCCUGAUCAUGUCGCCGACGCGAGAGCUGGCUGUGCAAAUCUUCGAUGUGCUGCGCAAGAUUGGCCGCUACCAUGACUUCUCUGCCGGCCUGGUCAUUGGCGGCAACAACCUUAAGGAGGAGGCCGACCGCAUAGAUCGUAUGAACAUCCUCGUCUGUACGCCCGGUCGCAUGCUCCAACACCUGGACCAGAGGUUUGGGUUCAACGUCGACGACUUGCAAAUCCUGGUUCUGGACGAGGCCGACCGCAUCAUGGACAUGGGUUUCCAGCACGCCGUCGAUGCGCUGAUCGAGCACCUGCCCAAGGAGAGGCAGACACUGCUGUUCAGUGCCACCCAGAGCAAGAAAAUAUCGGAUCUCGCCCGACUCAGUCUGAAGGAACCGGAAUAUGUAUCAGUUCACGAGGCCGCCGAUACAGCAACACCGAGUGCCCUCCAGCAGCACUACAUCGUGACCCCGCUCUCGGAGAAGCUGGACACGCUAUACGGAUUCAUAAAGGCAAGCUUGAAGACCAAGAUCGUGGUCUUCUUGUCGUCCGGAAAGCAGGUCCGAUACGUAUACGAGACGCUUCGACAGCUGCAACCGGGUAUACCUUUGCUUCACCUGCACGGUCGACAGAAGCAGGAAGCAAGAUUACGGAUCACAAAGCAGUUCACAUCGGCGAGGCAUUCUUGCUUGUUUGCGACGGACGUCGUGGCACGAGGUGUUGACUUUCCUGCGGUCGACUGGGUCAUCCAAGUUGACUGUCCCGAAGAUGCGGACACUUACAUCCACCGAGUCGGCCGGACAGCAAGAUACCAAAGCAAGGGUCGUGCCGUUCUAUUCCUAGACCCCAGCGAAGAGGAGGGCAUGUUGAAGAGACUCAAACAGAAGAAGAUCCCGAUAGAGAAGAUCAACAUCAAGGAAAGCAUGAAGAAGAGCAUCAGGAACCAGGUGCAAAGCAUGUGCUUCAAGCAGCCCAAUAUCAAGUAUCUGGCGCAGAAGGCCUUCGUUACUUAUGUGCGGUCUGUCCACGUACAGAAGGAUAAGGAGGUUUUUGACUUGGAAAAGCUGGAUUUGGACGCGUAUGCUGCGAGUCUAGGACUGCCGGGAACGCCAAAUAUCAGAUUCCGACCGGGAGAGGACAUGAAGAAGCUGAAGAAUGCGCCGAGGAUGAUUAUGAGCGACUCAGAGGAUUCUUCGGAGGCCGAAGGUGGAAAGCGCAAGAACAAGGACGAAGUGAAGACCAAGGUGCAGAAGAUGUUUGAACGAACAAACCAGGACGUUCUGUCUAGCCAUUACCGCAAGAUGGUAGGCGAGGAAGGCGAGGAUGAUGAAGAUGAAGACAACUUCAUGGUUGCUAAGCGAGUCCUGAACGACGACGAUCUCGACAAAGCAGCGCAAAAUGGCGACAAGAGCCAGGUCAAGGUCAUUGACUUUGGAGGAGACCAGCAGCUUGUCAUCGAUUCGAAACGGCGCGAGAAGCUGCUCAAGUCCAAGAAGAAGCUUCUCAAGUUCAAGGGCCACGGUCAGAAGCUUGUCUUCGAUGACGAGGGCAACGCCCACCCCAUUUACGAGCUCGUCGACGAGGAUGAAUUCAAGAAGCAAGGUCCCGUGGACGAGCUCAGGCGGCAGUUCGUCGACCAGGAGACGGAGAAGGUGCAGGAAGCAGACGUCGAGGAUAAGGAGCUGGCCAAGGCGAGGAGAAAGGAGAAGAGGGAAAGGAGGAAGGAGCUCGAGAGGAUGGAACGUGGCGAAGGUUCCGGGCCAGCUGCGCCUGUUGCUCAGCUCGAGGGCUUUGAGGAUGGCGAGGACCCACUGGCACUGCUGCGGUCGUUACCAACUGGGGAUGACGCAGGUCACAGUGAGAGCGAGGCUGAGGAGCAGAGACCGGCGAAGAAGCAGAAGAAGUGGUUCCAGAACGACUCGGACGUCGAGGACGAGAAGACCUCAAAGAAGAAGGAAAAGAAAGCCAAGAAGGACAAGAAGAGGGUCAUCGAGAUGGCUGAGGAACCCGACACCCUCGAGGACCUGGAGGCUCUCGCCGCAGGACUGUUGGAGUAG